AUGAGCCCCAACGAGCUCCAGACUUUGAAGUUCGCCCACGUUGUGGACGGCAAGCUGUUAGAGGGGAAGAAGCUGGAUUGUUGCAAGGACCCGAGAACCAACGAGCCCCUAUGGAACGUUCCGGUUGCAGGCUCAGAAGAGCUGCAAAUUGCGGUCACUGCGGCUCAGAAUGCAUUUCCUAUAUGGUCCAAGAAGCCGGUCACCGAACGACAAAGCGCCUUACUGCAGCUGGUGGAUGCACUUCGCGAGCAGAAAGAGUUUCUGGCGACAAUUGUUUCAAAGGAAACCGGAAAAUCCGAAAUCUUUGAUGAAAUAGUCCACGAAGACGACACUGUGCAGAUCGUUCAAACGCACACUCCACUGGGUAUUGUCGGAGCGAUAUGUCCAUGGAAUUUCCCACUAGUCCUCGCAGUUGCCAAGGUCGCCGCAGCUAUAGUGACGGGUAAUUGCAUUAUCGUGAAGCCAUCUCCCUUCACUCCAUACAGUAUUUUGAAGUUUGCAGAGAUCGCCACGAAGAUUGUCCCCGCGGGUGUUUUCCAAGCCCUCAAUGGCGACAACUCACUAGGGGCUAGCAUGACAACCCACCCUGGAAUUCAAAAAAUCAGCUUCACCGGCUCGACCAAAACGGGUAAGAAGAUCAUGGAGGCUGCCAGCGGAACACUGAAGCGGAUCACGCUUGAACUUGGUGGCAAUGACGCGACGAUUGUCUGCGCCGAUGUGGACGUGAGCAAGGUCGCGACUGAAGUUGCGAAUGGAUGUCUUUUCAACGCGGGUCAAAUGUGCGUCGCGACAAAGCGUGUUUACGUCCACGAAAGCAUCCGUGAAGAAUUCUUGCAACGUUUCGUGGAAGCGGCGAAGGUGUUCACGGAACAGCCCACUAUAGCACCUCCUAUUUUUGGUCCGAUGCAAAACCAGAUGCAACAUGCUAUUGUUCAGGGAUUGAUUGAGGAUUGCAAGGCUACGGGGUGCAAUAUCCUCGUAGGUCAAAAUCAAUCGCCCAAUGGUCUGUUUAUAGAACCAACUGUUGUUGAUAACCCACCCGAUGACUCUCGGAUUGUGAGAGAGGAACAAUUCGGUGAGACUUACCUACGGUCUCAUUUACUGGACGAUUUAUUUUCUAACACUCAUGUCACAGGCCCGAUCAUCCCCAUCCUAUCCUGGAAGGACGAAGAGGAGGUCAUCACGCGUGCUAAUGACACUGAUGUAGGACUCGGAGCCUGCGUCUGGUCGAAAGAUUCAACUCGUGCUUUGUCAAUUGGUCGACAAUUGGAAGCCGGUUCAGUCUGGAUCAACAGCUCUGAAAAGCCAAAUCCAGCCGCUUACUUCUCCGGACAUAAACAGAGUGGGAUAGGGGGUGAACGGGGUCGGCAAGGUCUUUUGUCCUACUGUAACACACAGUCAAUCCACAUCUACAAAUAG